CGUGUACUCUUCUAGAUUCGUGUAUGUGCUGACAUUCAGUAAUUCAUGAUGGUUAGCACAUUUACGUUGUUGUAAAAAAUUAAAGGAACAGUAACCACUUGUACAAAUCAAGCUGCAUGAACAACAGGACGAAGGCAACAGAGUGACUGAACUGACACACUGUCUAAGAUGAGCUUUUAUUAUGCCAUUUGAAAAUAAGACAAUCGUUUGCUUUGACCGUAGUAGUGGUGAAUCUUGGUGGCUUAAAGUUUGUGAGCAGAACGCAUACUAUGCAGUUCUCUAUAAUAAUAAGGACGCGAUCAUCGCAGAUACUAAGAAACUCUAAACUCUUACCUGAGAUGAGACGAGAUUCAAGUGAAAGUUUGGACCGACAAUGAGUGAGUUAGUUGUAAAGUGCACACAUAACGUUGCUGGCUUUAUAUCAAUUUAUUUAUCGUUGUAAGGAAGCAGCAAACCCCCAAUUUUGCAAGCCCUACUUUAUGCUCAGGUGCCCCUUUGCGUGUGUUCUUUUACGUUGGACGAGGAUUUUAUAUGAUCUUCGUCAUCAUCAGCACUUCGCCUUGAUCUUAAACUCAGCUUCCAUUAACUAUAUAUGUUAUACCCCCAUGCUAUAAAGCUUUUAAUUGACUUAAAUAAUAAAAAAACACAAUUUCAGAAUAGUUGAGGAAAAGAUGCGUAAUAUUUAACAUAUCCACAAGAAUAAUAAUGCCAUUAAAUCAAUUUUAGUGUGUAGUCAUUAAUAAAAUUAAUGUAUUGCCUGUCCAGAAUAUUAAGCGUGUUAAUCUCUGAAUUAUUAUAAGCGAGUAUCAAGACACAUAUUUCGAAAUGGCUUUGUAUGUAAUAAAGAAAAUAUGUACACACACAUGUACUUAGGUAUAACUUUUGAUUGUCUACUAGAAUUCCAAUCAUUCUGUGUUUAAAACUCAAAUUAUAGCUUUUUAACCAACAUGCAUGCAGACAUUAUUUUGGCAAAGUUGUUAAUUAAAGGUACAUACAAGUUAUAAAAUCGGCAAAGUGAGAACAUGCACUAACUGUAGUUUCUUUCUUUUGUUUGCGUUAAGCUUGACAGAUAUAGAUUGUUGUUUUUGAAGUGUUAAUGAAACACGUACCAAACUUUAUAAAGACUUGAGCCGGUACUUAAUUAAAAUUAUCUUAAGUAAAUAUUAUAGAUGUACCUUUUGUUUUAAGUGAGAAUGCGCCAAGCAUGGUGAUGACGGGUACAAUGCACUUGUAUACAUGCCUAGAUUAUGUACAUAAAUUGGAUCCUUCAUAACUUAAUUCAUGGUCUAAUGACCAAACUCGUGUCGUUGUUGCAUUAUUAUCUCUUAGACUUUGUAUUUUAAUCAAAAUCUUUGCUGCGAUUGAAAUAUCAAAUCCUUCAGUCUUUGUUGCAAGUAUAAAGUAUAUGUAUAUAAAGCUUUCAUUUGCGUAUGUCAAUUAAACCACCAAAAAACUGUUCUACUAGUUCUAUCUACUACGGUAUCAAGCUGGAUCCUGAAAUCUUUCGGAAGAAAUGUCUCAACAACAACGACGUGACGAUGUCUCAGCAAAACUGGGCUCGCUUUUGCUUAAAGGAUACAAAAUGUUGGCCGAUUCUUGUCCCAAGUGCAGUAAUGUGCUCAUGCAAGAUAAGAAAGGUGUAAUUACAUGUGUGAACUGUACGGAAGAAGGACGAGCACCAGAGGCAGAGAGCAAAGUGGUGGUGACAGGUCUUGCCCAUAAACUUCCAGACCACGGGUACAGUGACGGAAUUCCCUACCGUUCGCAGGAGGGAACACCCGAGGCUGCAUGCUAUGCUGAAGAAGUUCUUUUGAGGGAGAUAAAGAAUGUUGCCUUGUACUUGGAGAAACGUUGCCUUCAACUGGACUUUGAGGACAACAGCCAAAUUCUGGAACAUAGGAAGGUGCAUUUGGAAUAUAUUCGACAGUGUGCAGAAACGAUAAAGGUUCUGCAUUCUUUGAAUUAAACGAAAUCUUGCUCUCGGCAAUUUUCAGAGUAAAUAAAGAAUAAAAUAGUACACAACAA